UCAACGAUUCGGUCGUGACUAUCUCUUUUCUUUUUUGUGUAAUGGAUGACUUUACAACUGCUCUUUCGUUGUCCAAAAUGACUCAUAAUCAUACCCUUAUGAAAGUUUCUCACUUGGCUAGAAGUUUUAUCCAUCCAUUUUGGUCAUCAAUACUAAGGUCUUUUUGGAAAGAAUAGUUCCAGUGUUGAAGCAACUUUUGAAAGAGUUUUGGUUAUUACCACCGACACUCGUAUUGUAAACAAUAGAAUUUUUUUACUGUAAUAUAUUCUUGAAUAGCUCUCCAGUUACUAAAUAAAUAACUAUAUAUAAAUAUAUGAGAUAAUGACGACGGUCAAGUUGGAGUGGCAACUUGGUUGGGAAGAGUGGAAAAGCCCUUUAUUAGAACCUUUUUUGGGUGACUCGGAGAAAGACUCUUUUCCCACCGUUGUAAAGUUGAGAAAAAGAAGAUGCAACAACAACAGAAAGCGAAAGAGACAGUUGACAGAAAGAGUUGAGAGCCCUUCUCUCAAUCAGGAUUCAGUGUUGGUAAAAGAAAAACUAGCCAAGUUAUUUGAAGAUGAGGAGGCAAAAGAAAGUGUUGCGUCGUUUCAAGAGCAUAUUGUGGAUAACGAACCAAAGGAUUGUAUGACGACGGAACCGAUGGUUGUCCAGCCCUCCCAUUCAGAAGAAAGACAAGCGAAUAAGUCUCUUUCAAACGAUACGACAGAGAAUAGAGUUGAUGAAGAAACUUUGGGGUCGAACAGUCUUACAGCUUCGAAUCAAGUGGCAACUUUACCUUCCCUUUCGACGGGUAGCCAUCGUCACACUUUAUGGCAAAGGUUAUAUAGCACUUUGGAGAAGCGUUGUAAACAGUUUGCUAUAGAAGGGUUUUCACCAGCUGGUUUUGUUGUCGAUGCAUUGCCCGACUUGAAGGUUUCUUUAUCUAUAGAGUUGUAUGACCAAGGCUAUACCAAAGAUAGUCGCAAACUACUUUUUCCAUAUGAUCAUCAUUCAAAGAGACUGAUACAAGCUUUAGAUUUGGGUUUGAUACCUCCUUACGAAGACUUACCUACCAAUCAUUCCUUUCACUAUUAUCAAGGAUGUUUGAUAGCAGAAAUUCGUGACUUUCGUUCCAAUUUUCAAGGAUUUCUUCAGACAUCGAUGAAAUCAUCCAAUAAGAGUUCUCCUGUAACAUACAAGUUGAUAUUGCGACCCGAUUUUUAUAAUAUAUUAUCGGAUAUUGAUCGAGCGACGGUUCGUUCCAAGUAUGAUGGAAGAAUAGAGAUAGAAACGAAAAUGCAACUAGAGCGUUUCCUCUUAUCAAUAUUAUUUCGAAACAUUCAUUGUGAUAGCCAUGUUCCUCGUUUUUCUUUUAUCCAUCCAUUGGACUCUUUACAAUGGAAUAGAAUACGCAGACCGAGAAUGAAUACCAAAGAUGACAAAGGAGUAUUGCAUAGUUGGAGAGAAUUGGGUCGUGGUGCUGGUUACUUAUCACCCCAAAGUAUUGUUUUAUAUGUUUGUAUGAUAAUGGAAUCAUUUCAUGGAAGAGAUGAAAAGCCAUUGGAAGGAAUAUCCAAGACUUUAGGCAAGUCAUCUACAGUAGUGGAUGGAAGAAAAGUGAAUAGUAAUAUUCAUCAUGGCUCGCUCAUUGGGAAUCAUUCGGUGUUGCCUUCUUCUCUUCAUGAACUUUCAUGGAAGCCCAUUCAUUUAUGUUCCAAUAGCAACUUGGAGGAGCAUCGAUUUGCGCUUUAUACUUACAAACGCAACAUAUAUUUAUCCAAAGACAUUUCAUUGAAUGAUAAUGUUCGAUUAUCGGGUGCGAGUCCUACUCGUUUGCGUCCUGACAUCUUAAGAAUAUUGGCAUUUUCUUAUGCGCGUAAGAGUACUUCAUCCGUACCGACAAAGCAAGUGCACUGUUCUCUUCAAAUUGUUAAAAAAGGUAACCCAAUGUAUUAUUGUGAAUCGAGAAGAAGCUAUAUACGAGAUGGUUCUGUAGAUGUGAAUAGCUUUACUACUAACAGUUUAGAACAUGCAAUGGACUUUGCAGAUAAUUUUAGAAGAAUAUGUGAAUUUGAAGGAUAUGUUUGUAUAUUGGAUUCCUUUCGAGGACCCUUUGAGAAACUUAGAGAUACCAGUUCCGAAUCUAUUCCUGAAAGAACGUUUCAGAAAAGGCCAUCCAAUAUUCCCAACAAUCCUUCAGUCCAUCCUUCUUCCUCUCCAUCUACUAAUCCAAGGUUGGAUGCUCUCACAAGUCUCCCAUUCGCAACGAGUCCUUCGAUAUCUUUGGCUCAAGCACAACCAGGAAUACGACCCAUUCCUUAUCAUUCAUUAGGUGGGAAUCCAGCAACUGUUUAUGGAAAAAAUUUCCCUGUAGGAAAUCAUUCAACUGUACCUCAAAAUAAUGCUUCGUUUUAUCAAGGCGUACAAAGUGAAUAUAGGAAAAGGCCGAGUACAGGAACAUUAUAUUCCAACAAUCCAAUACAUCCUUCCUCUUCUUCCACUACGACUACUUCCGCUCCUCUUCCCACUACAGCACCAGUUGUAAGAGGACCCAAACCACUUGUGGCGCAAACAUCAGCGAAUAGAACAACUUUUCAAAAUGCUUUGAGUGUAACUGGCAACGAUAAUAUGACUCAUGCGACGUUUUUAGGGAAUAAGAGAACAAGUUCUCCCGUACAUUCUUCUACAUCUAGUUUUCAUGGUGCUAAUAUGCCAUGAUAACGCAUUUGCAAUACAAAAUU